AUGUCCUAUCCAGCUCUCACCCCGACCAGACCUCUGCCUGGGACGUAUUUCCAGACACCGGCGCCCACUGCUAUCAACAAUGGCCCGCUUUUCCAGACAAGAACGCCCUCGGUGUCGACCGCGCAACCAGAACCUGCAGCGGUCCUGCACAAGUUGUCGCCAGCAGCUCCAAAGGCGAAAAGCGAGACUCUGAGCACACGAGAGCGUGCAGCGCGGACGAUAAAUGAUACUCUUGCGCAGGAAGCUCGGUACCCAGACCUGGAUAGCUAUUUGUCUCAGGGCUUCUCUUCAGAUUUCGACAUCCCGGCUCAAUCAGCCUGGGCCCCGUUUCAUAAAACCAAAAUGUACAAUAUUCCUGACCAGAUUUUCGAUCAGUAUAACCGCGCGCAGGUUUCUACGAGCAUGGGUCUUUUCGCGGAACUGAAUCACGCUUGGGUUGCCAUCGACAACGCACUCUAUCUUUGGGACUACACUCACCCAAAUCCUCAGCUCGUUGGAUACGAAACGCAGGCAAACAGCAUCAAUGCCGUCAAGCUCGCGAAACCGCGUCCAGGCGUUUUCCUCCCCUCGAUUACCCAGGUGCUGGUGAUCUCAACAACAGCGGAAAUUAUUUUGCUGGGAAUGGGGUCUGAGACGGUUGCUGGUGGUGCCAAACAGGUCUCGUUGUUUCAAACAGGCAUGUCGGUGGCAGUUCGAGGACUCGACGUCCAUGUUAUCGAGACAUCGGACUCUACUGGAAGAAUCUUCUUUGCUUCAUCAUCUGACAACGACGUUUACGAAUUUACGUAUCAACAAGAGGAGAAAUGGUUUCAAGGUCGAUGUGGAAAAGUCAACCAAACAAGUUCACGUUUCUCAUCCUUGUCUCCGUCUUUGAGCUUCACUCAGAAACACACUGAAUGUAUCGAGCAAAUGGUUAUCGACGACACGCGGAACCUCCUCUACACGCUCUCAUCUUCAUCGACAAUCAAAGUCUUUCACUUGAAACCUGACGGUACCCUGGCCCUUGCCAUUACGAAACCGGUUAUCGAUAUCUACUCAAACAUUGGCCAUAUCAUUGCUUCCAAUGAAGCACUGAAUCCCAAAGUCAAGAUUGUGUCCAUCAGCCCUGUACCAACACCGGAAGCCUCACGAUACCAUCUUGUUGCUACGACAGCAACUGGUUACCGCAUUUAUCUAAGCGCUACUGGAUCAUACAGCUGGUCGCCUGCACCUAGUGGGAGCAGUCCUCCAACGAGCAUGCAGGCUCAUUUUGUGAAGACUCCUCCAUUCGACAGCCUUGCGGCCGCCACUGGUUCAGCCAUGCAGUUCCAGCAAACCGCAAGCACAGCCAAAAUUCCUAUACAUACUCUUGAUCCUACGCGCAUGGCUCAACGAUUCCCUCCUGGGUACUUUUUCUGUUUCACUUGCAAAGAUCCCUCGCAGAAAGAGGAUACAUUAUUCAUUUCUGCUCCGGACUCGGGUCGAAUUGCUCGUGCCCACGAAAAUGUCGUCCCUCCCAAGCCUUCGGAAUCCGCUAUUUGGCUUUCGUUAGGUAGCAGAGCAGAGGACAUUGGGCUCUGUGGAACGCCUCUUACAGCAGUUGCUUCUGCUAACGGAUUUGGCAACGAACUAGCUAUUCAAUACGACCAGCCGGCAGCCGAGAUUGCGAUUUUGACGAACACGGGUGUUCACGUUAUUAGACGGCGUCGCCUGGUUGAUAUUUUCGCGGCAUUGGUCCGCCAUGGCGGCGGCGAGGAAGGACUGGAGGGCGACACCAAGAACUUCAUUCGUAUCUACGGACGCAGUGAAACUUUGGCAACAGCGCUGGCAGUGACGUGCGGUCAAGGAGUGGAGAUCUCGCUGGAUUCGCGUCUUUCGAAAAUCAAUGACCCGGACGUUCUCGAAUAUGCUCGCAAGGUGUUCAUAGAAUACGGUGGACGCCCAUCGAUGAAUGAGAACGCCGUUGCCGAUAAUGGUGCACCUGCUAUUGAUGCCAUCCUUCCUUCUCCACGACACGGGGGCAUUGCGUUGUACAUGUCCCGCUUGCUGCGAUCCAUCUGGAAGAAGGAGAUCGCAGUCACAAAACCGUCGAAAGCCGGGUCCAUAGAAGUGACGCCUUCGGUCGACAUAUCGAAGCUCCAGAGUAUUCAACGAGACUUGUCUGCGUUGCAAGAUUUCUUCAAAAGCAACAAGAACUUUAUUGAAGGACUCAGUGGACCAGAAGCGCUUUCUCGAGCGGCAACGAAGCAAGAAGAGAUUGCUCUGCAGGCGGAGCACCGUGCUCUGCACUCCUUGGUGCAGUUGCUGUCUGAUACAAUUGAAGGCAUUUCCUUUGUUCUUGUUCUUUUUGACGAACGCGUGGAUGAGAUUGUGGUUGCACUUCCUGAGGAGGCUCGACAGCGCUUCUUGAGACUCACCUAUGAGGAGUUAUUCAGUACUGGCAAGGGAUACGAAAUUGCCAAAGAGCUCGUCAAAGCAAUCGUCAACAGGAACAUCGCAAAGGGAUCCAACGUGGAGACAGUGGCGGAUGCGCUGCGUCGCCGGUGCGGCAAUUUCUGCAGCGCCGAAGAUGUCAUCAUCUUCAAGGCACAGGAGCUUCUCAAGAGGGCAACCGAGACCGGUGCCAAUUCAGAGCUCGGCCGAAACCUUCUCAAUGAGAGUCUUCGUCUUUUCGGCCAAGUUGCAGAGAAUCUGCCGAUGGAUUACCUGGUGUCGGCUGUGGGCAAUUAUAUCGACAACCAAUUCUUUGCAGGUGCUAUUCAACUGUGUCUCAACGUGGCUGAAAGCUCGGAUAAGGCGAAUCUAGCUCUUAACUGGAUGAUGGAUGGUCGUCAAGUAGAGGAUCCACGGCAGGCACAUUUCGCGUUCCGCAAACAAUGCUACGACCUCAUCGCGAGGAUUGUUGUUGCUGUGGACAACUCGGCUGCCUCGGACCCCGGGGUGAUUGACGGUCAAUAUACGCCAAUUGCCAAGCGACGCAACGAGGCGUACAGCGUCAUUUCCGAGUCAAACGAUGAAGUCUUCCUCACAAGUUUGUAUGAUUGGUACCUCGAGCAAGGCUGGAACGACCGACUUCUUGCUACUAAAUCUCCCUUUGUUGUGACGUAUCUGGAGCGCAAGUCUGUGGACGAUUUGUACCACGCCGAUCUGCUUUGGCGGUUUUAUGGACAGGCUGAACGAUACUUUGAUGCGGCUCGGGUGCAGUUUCAGCUCGCACAGAGCGCAUUUGCACUUCCCUUGAGCCGUCGCAUCGAGUAUUUGGGCCAGGCUCGUGCCAAUGCUUCGACGUUUACACACGAAAUUGGUCGCCAGUCGCGACAGAGGCUUCUGCAAGAAAUCGGCAAUCUUUUGGAUGUCGCCACUAUCCAAGAUGAUCUACUGCAGCGCUUGAAAGAGGACGAGCGAAUAGGCAAGCCAAAUAAGGAUGAAAUAUUGAAGGAGAUAGACGGGCCUAUUCUUGACCUCACUAUGCUUUUCAACAGAUAUGCGGAUGCAGGAGGCUACUGCGACGUUUGCUUGCAGAUUUACUACGUGGCCGACCACCGCAACACGGCCGACAUUCGAUCGACGUGGGAGAAUCUCUUGGAGCAAACUCACCAAGCAACCGUGGAAAAGGGUGACGCCCUACCUUAUGAGGCAUUGAUUGAAAAAGUACGGUCGCUCGGCAGUCGUCUUCGCAUGUCUGAGAUUGUGUUCCCGAUACCCAUCAUUCUUCCAAUGAUUGAACGCUAUGUUUUGCAACACCAGCGCAACGUGGGCCCGCCAACAUGGGUGGUUGAUUUGAUGCUGGAUCUGGAAGUCCCUCACGAGACGAUUUACACGACGCUCGAGAACAUGUUCUACAACGACGAGGCGCCUUUUACGGGAGCAAACAAGAAGUUCAUUGCCAACGACCUCCUCUACACUGUCCAGCGGUGGUACAGCGAGACGGUUCGCCUCGGAGGCACUGUGUUUGGCAACGACGUCUUGGCAGCGCGUAUCUCCGAGAUGCUUGUCCUGGUGCAGCAGAGCGGGAUCCCAGCUGAAUACGUUCAAUUGGCCCAGGAACUACGAGUGCAGAUUGAAAACAGCAUCCGAUAA